GCCCCAGUCCCAGUUGGAUUCAAGGCAAUGUUGCCUCAAAAUAAGGACCAGGUGCUGCUACAGAACGCAGUGCCCCCUGGGCGCCCCCCGCAGGGCCUUUCUCAACUUGUGGACUCCUCUACCCUAACCCUACAGCCUCUCUCUCCCUACCCACCUUUCUCCUCUUCCACACAGUCCUAUCUCCCUUUCUCCCCUUCUCCAUUGUCCCCUAGUCCUGGCCUCCAUUCCUACUCUUCUGAGUCAAAUUCUGACUUUGCUCCACACUCCUACUCCUCUCCCCUCCCAAGUUCCCCCACUUUCUUUCACCAGAGCUACGGCACUAUUGCCUUUCCACAGUCCUCCUCCCCCUCCAACCAACAGCUCUACCCAUCUCCUCCUCUGACCCGCUCCUCCUCUCCUUCCCAGCCACACAACUCUCCCCGCUCCGGUUAUCAGACUCCUUCCUGCCAGCAAGACCUACCUAGCUCCACGCUCACUUCCCCCAGCCUACCUUCUCCAGGGGUCCACUCUAACAAGCAGACAUGGCACUGGCCUCAGUACAGGGAAACCAAGUCCCCUGGGGUGGUGGGAGGAUGCGUGGCAAGCGAGAAGGACCCUGCAGAGUUCAGGGACCCAGGGGCCCUGGCCCAGGCCCUGGUGGUCCACCUGGGGCACCGCCGCAUCGCCCACGACCUGCGGCUUCUGCUUCUGCAGCGCCUGUGGCUAGGCAAAACAGGCCAGGCCCCAGUUGUGGAGUAUCCCGUAUGCCUGGUGUGCCUGCGACUCCGCGGUCCCUCUUGCCCCAAAACCAAGUACAGGACUGGACCCCGGCUGCUUGCAUUCCCCCAGCUACUGCCCUGYGCACAGGGCCAGGAAUCUGGGCCACUCCGCAUAGGCAUCGGCUUUGGCCUCCGCCUGCCUCAGGGCCAGGCCAGGGCCUUGCAUCUGUUGCCAGAAAAAAGGCGGGAAGAAGUAGGGCUUCAGGGCAAGGCCACUCAGGCUCCUCCGCAUCAAGCACCAGCAGCCCAGACCCCAGCAGCUCAGCGGCUCAGAGCCCCAGCGGCUCAGAAUCAGGCAAAUUCAGUCCCAGGCACACCCUUGCAGGCCGGGAGCCACAGGUCUGCAGGCCUCCCAUCUCCAAGAUCCACCMCGUGUUCGGAGCCUCCACCUCAGGCACCAAAACAGGCCACUGCUUCCCUGAAGCCCAAGCUGCCUCCUGCCCCAAAGAGGCCUUCCUCUCCAGAGCCUGUUCUCCAAAAGUCACAAUCCUAGUUCCAGAACUGCGGAGGCUCCCUGGAGCACUCYCUCAAACCCCCACCCUACCCACCAGGUCCCAGAUCUCGGGGAGCCCCCGAGACACCCUGAAGGGCUGGUUGACUGGAGGUCAGGUCUGUUCUCCUGCCCUGAACCCUGGAAACCCCUUAUGGAGUUUGCUGUCUCCUGGCUGAAGAGGA